AUGCUGCGAAUUCUAAAUUCUCGAUUGUCCGAUAAAACGAAAGGAUUAUAUAUAAAAGAAAAGUUUUGGACUGCCAAUGAAUCAAUAAAAUCAUCACCGGUUAAUACACAAGAAAAUCUAAUCGACUAUGACAAGUUUAUUAGCAAAAAAUAUAACACAAAAGAAAUAGUUGAUAUUUGUAAUAACAUAUUAUAUUCAGACCAUAAUUCAAAUGUGCAAUUUGAAUUAUUCGAUAAAGAUAAUACAAAAGAAAUAAGUGAUGUUAAUGAAGAUAUAUUAUAUUCAGACCAUAAUUCAGAUAUGCAAUUUGAAUUAUUCGAUAAAGAUAAUUAA